AUGAAGAGCUCUGCAAAUUACCCGCUGCGCAAGUGCGGCAUCUACCGCAACCUCCCCGACUUUGAUCCAUCUAUCCAGGGUCUCAACGCCAUUAUAUGUGGUGCAAAUGGCAUAUCUGGAUUCGCCACCCUGCGUGCUCUUCUCGAUGCCCCCGAGCGAUGGGCCUGCAUCUAUACUCUGUCACGAAGCCCACUAUCGAAGGAGCAAAUGUCCCUUAUUCCGCCUGCAUUACAUUCUCACAUCAAGCAUGUCCCAAUCGACUUGUCUUCGCCGGGUGAAAAGAUUGCAGCGGUCCUGCGGGAAGCCGACGUCCACGCAGACUACGUCUUCUUCUAUUCUUAUAUACAGCCGGCGGACACCGGAGACUCUGGUAUGAGCGUCAGUAUGGCGGAUGCACUUUAUGAACUCAACGUUCCUUUGUUCAAAAACUUCCUCCAAGGAAUGGAAAUCGCUGAGCUUGAGCCCAAACGCGUCGUUUUGCAGACAGGAGGCAAGAAUUAUGGAGUCCACAUUGGUCGCACCCGUACCCCAUUUGUCGAAUCUGAUCCUCAGCCGCGACACCUACAGCCAAACUUCUACUACGCACAGGAGGAUCUUCUCUUUCAAUACUGUCAGAAGCAUCCCGGGACGGGUUGGAAUGUUAUUCGCCCCGUGGCGAUCAUCGGUGUAGCCCAACGUGCCCCGCUGAAUGCCUUUUACCCUUUCGGCAUCUACGCAGCUGUCCAGGCACAAAAGCAAGAGCCAUUGUCUUUUGGUGGGGAUUUCGAAUCGUGGCAAUUUGAGCAGUCUCAUUCGACCGCUCGGUUGACGGCAUAUUUGAGCGAAUGGGCUGCGCUGGAAGAUGAAUGCAAAAACCAGGCCUUUAACGCACAGGAUGGAGGGAUGCUCAACUGGGAUCGCUUCUUCGUCGAACUUGCACGCUGGUUCGGUGUAGACAAGGGUGUCCAGAAUCCUGAUCCUGAGGAGGCGAGAUUGCGUAUUCAAACUUUUGCGGGAGGCAAAGACGGCCCGUUGGGCUACGGGCCACCGACUGCUCUCAAGACGACCUUCCGAUUAGCCGAUUGGUUCCAGCAGCCUGAGAACAAAGUUGCAUGGGAGCAAAUCAUGGCAAAUUCCAAUGGUCAUGUCAAAGUCAAUGUCUUCGAGGAUCCAGCCAUGAAAACUAUUAUUUCCGAAUUUGAUUACGCUAGACGGGGAAACCUGUCCAUGAACAAAGCCCGGAGAAUGGGAUUCUGUGGGUUUGUUGAGACUUUAGAGAGCUUGCACGAGAUGUAUAAAGAGACGGGCGACUUCGGGGCGCUUCCUUCAAUGAAGGUCGCUGGCGCGAACCCUUUGAUUUAA